AUGGCCACUGGCCUGCAACGUAGAGCGAACAUGCAUCUUCUGCCUUUGGAAUUGCAUAUUCUGAUUCAGAGCUAUCUUGACCCGCGCGAUAUCAUCUCGCUCAGGAUGACCUCCAAAUCACUGUAUCUGUCUACACAACAACGGAUAGUCUGGUUAGCUGCCUUCCAUCACGUUUGCGUGGACCACGCACUCUUCGAGCCCAGUUUCCCUACGGAAAACAUGUCCACCAAAGAACUUGAAUACGGUGCUUUGUCCCCUGCUCGCGUUUCGGCUCGGAUGAAGAAGGGCUUGAAUAAAACAGAAAUUGCCCCUUGGCAAGACCGGGUCUUUCGGGCUUCGUUUCUAGAGAAUUACAAUCAAAUAUCACUUAUCCCCGGAGGUCGAUAUCUACUGACGGGCUCCAAUACCGCUACUGGUGUCGGAGUGUCCUUAUGGGACCUUGGGGCGAACCCUUAUUGUGAAAUGCCAAAGGUUCCAAUGGCGACUACUAUCGUCAAGAAUAUCGGCCUAAUUGACACGAGCCCAACUUCAGACGGCCUCGGAAUCCUUGUAACGACAUAUUUUGUCGAUGACGGGCUCUCGACACACAUCAGUGUGUAUGAAAUCCAUCCAUCGGCAGCGCAACCCCAGUUCUGUCGCAAGGGAGACUUGAAACUGAAUGGCAUGAAUAUGAUUCACUCUCUAACGGGAUAUCAUUUCGUCUCGCUGGAUCAGAACCGAAUGCUUACGUUCUGGGAUAUUGAAUCUAACAAGUCUUUUACCUGGAAUGCCCCCUUCAAGAUAGAAGAAUUGUUCUUGCUCGAAAACCAUUUAAUCAUUCUCAACCGGACCGACAUCAUCGUAUGGGAGAUACCUUUCCUAAAAAACGUUGCUAGAAGCGACGUCGCUGAUAAUGAACUCGCAAACCACCCCCCGCCCACAAUCAACCUUGGCUACUCAUUCCCACCGGACUCAAGGAGACCCAAACUAUUCACAGUGCCAUCUCAAUGGUGGCCAAAAUCUUACAGUGACAUAAUUCUUGGUUCUGUAGCUCCGGAUUUCAAGAACGAUGUAUCUGAAAUGACUUUACACAGGCUCGACCCGAGCUCGCUUGCAUCGGGCGGUCAAAUCACCGAGAUGGGGAUUUUGUCGUCCAUUCCGUCAAGGAUGGUUGAUGAGAGCGAAUUCCUUUUCGGCCUGCGUUUCUGCAACGGGGAACUUUGCCAGCGGUGGCGACCUGACAAUGACGUGUUAAUCAGUCUUAUACCCUUUCCUACUCCGCAUGAAGAAACAAAAUCCGUGGUGACAAAAACAUUAUUUUCUGGUCCACUUUGGGACUUUGAUUUUUGUCCUGCGUCUGGGCGGCUUGUGGUCGCUACGCCUGAAAAUGUGAUCCGUGUCAUCGAUUUUCUUUCCCCCAUACGAUGGCAGCUCUCUGGUCCCAGUGGCUUACCAACUCUAUUGUAUCUGCCAAUCAACCUCACGAAUGGAAGUGUCUACUAUGGCCCAGACACUCGACUCCUCUACCAUCUUUUCGGCAUCGAAGGUCCUUUCGAAAUGUCUCCUCAUAAUUAUAUGGCCCAAGACUCGAUCGAUGUUGUUGCUGAACUGAACAAACAUCCCGAGGCAGAUGAUCAGGUGCGCGACCGCUUCCGCGCUCUUGGCAAUAGCAUCGCAACGCCCAGGCUUCCUGGCUCCAGUGCAUUCGGUACUCGCCUGGCCUUUUAUGAAUGCCUGUCGGCUCACUCUGCCUGCGAUUGUGCCCGAUUCAGAAAACCUUAA